AGGCUCACCCUGCUCUCUCUCUGCUCCCACAGCCGUGGGGAAAUCGACCUUCCUGAAGCUGCUGGGUGCCACCUUCCCGCGGUGGCACCUGGUGACAGAGCCGGUGGCGCAGUGGCGCAAGGUGCCGGCCGGUGGCACUGCCCAGGCGCCCGUGGGCUCUGCCAACCUGCUGCAGAUGAUGUACCAGGAGCCAGCCCGCUGGUCCUACACCUUCCAGACCUUCUCCUGCAUCAGCCGGCUGAAGGCGAUGCUGGAGCCGCCGGACGAGGGGCCCCCCGAGACCCCCCCGCCCGUGAGGGUCUUUGAGCGCUCUGUGUUCAGUGACAGGUAUGUCUUUGCCAAGAACCUCUUUGAGGCCGGGCACCUGCAGCCCCUGGAAUGGGCCAUUUACCAGGACUGGCACGAUUUCCUGCUGCGGCACCUGGGGCCCCGCGCCGCCCUCCACGGCUUCCUCUACCUGCAGGCCAGGCCCCAGACGUGCCUGGAGCGGCUGCGGCGGCGGGCGCGGCAGGAGGAGGGCGGGAUCCAGCUGGGCUACCUGCAGCAGCUCCACGCCCAGCACGAGCACUGGCUGGUGGACAGGACCACGGAGAUCCACUUUGCGGAGGCGCAGCGCGCGCCCGUCCUGGUGCUGGACGUGGACAAGGACUUCGAGCACGACGUGGCCGUGCAGGGCGUGCUCAUGGCACAGGUGGAGGCCUUUGUGACAUCGCUGAGCGCCGACACUUUGCCGUCCCAUCCCGGCCCUGGUGGAGCCGGGGAAGGGGCAGCGUCUGCCUGAAAUCCCGGUCCGAGGACAAGGGACACGUCCUGGUCCCCAGCUGCCCCUCAGCCUGUGCUGGGCCGGGGCUGGAUUUGAGGCAGAUGCUCAGAUCCGUGGGAGGAGUUUUGGGGGCCGGGGGGGCUCCCCGUGCUCAGGGGACCAGAUCCUUGCUGUGACCCCCUCCCCAUCUUUCGGGCUCCCCAGCCGGGGACGCUCCCUGAGGUGGAUGUCGUGCACUGCUUGAAUUUUCAUGGGAAAUCCCGGUGUUUAGGUGACAGCCAAACCCCUUAUUUUGUUAUUUUGUAUAUUUCUUUUUCCCUUAAA